ACAGAACUAAUCAAUAUUAAUGGCGAUGGGACCGGGGGUGGGAGGAGAGGAGGGAUUAACGUGACCUUUUUAAACACGCGCUGCCUCAGACGGCCACCGAGCAGCUGAGGAGAAGCAGCCAGACGGACCCACCAUGUCUGACAAACCAGAUUUUGCAGAAAUCGAAACGUUUGAUAAGACCAAGCUGAAGAAGACAGAAACCAGAGAGAAAAACCCAUUGCCCACCAAAGAAACUAUCGAACAAGAGAAGCAAAGUGAGAGCGUGUCCUGAGCAUCACAGAGAGGAUGCGACUGCUGCUUCUUCAGUGGAGUCUGGGCUUCUGUGUUGGGUUUUGUUCUGUUCUGUUCCCCCUCCCUGCCACCUUCCCCUUAGUGCUCCUUAUCCAUUUCAUUGAGCAAAUGCUCCUUUCAUGUUACUGAGAAGAAGUCUGUUCUGUAUUUGCUGAAGAUGUUCUGUAUUCUUAAAAUGAAAAGUCAAACUUCUGUAUCACCCCCAUCACUUGCAAAAGAAACAAAGAAAAUACAACCACCAACUGCAUAAAAAUGUUUUCCUAAGCCUCACCAUGAACAAGUUUCUUCCAUCCA